AAAAUUCCUAAACCUGGCUCUACAAAAGUAAAGAAUAGAAUUUUGACGAGAGUAGCUGCGACACGGUUUCACUCUCAUUCUUCAGAUUUGAUUUCAGAACCUGAGAUCUAACUUCAAGCUCAGCUUCUCUUCCUUCUUCAAAGCUCUUCUUUCACAGGAAGCAUAAUGAGGAGGUACAGUCCACCAUACUAUAGUCCUCCAAGGAGAGGAUAUGGCGGCCGAGGGAGAAGCCCUCCUAGAAGGGGAUACGGUGGUGGUGGUGGUGGUGGUGGCGGUGGCGGUUAUGGUAGACGCAAGGAACAGAAUGGAAGCCUUUUGGUCCGCAAUAUUCCACUGGAUUGCCGGCCAGAAGAACUUCGAGUUCCAUUUGAGAGAUUUGGAGCUGUCAGGGACGUGUAUAUUCCCAAGGACUAUUACACAGGGGAACCUCGAGGAUUUGCAUUUGUGCAGUUUAUGGAUGCAUAUGAGGCCUCAGAGGCUCAAUAUCAUAUGAAUGGAAAAAUUUUUGCUGGGAGAGAGAUAUCUGUGGUUGUUGCUGCAGAGACAAGGAAAAGGCCAGAAGAGAUGCGUCAAAGGACUAGAGUGAGAGGACCUUCGGGCUAUGGGGGACAACGGUCAUCUUAUUAUGGACGUUCUCGGUCUCGUUCAUUAUCCCGUUCACGCUCUCCCCCCCGCUAUCCUUCUGGUUCUAGAGGCCGAUACCGCUCUAGGUCCUACUCUCCUGCUCCUAGACGGAGGGGUGACUACUCAGUUUCCCCAAGUAGAAGGCAUGCAGACCAUCCGCGGUCACCAAGAGGUCCUCCAAGAGAGCGAGAUGCUGAUCAUCGCAGGUCUUAUUCUCCAGGUUAUGCCAAUGCUGCUGAUCAAAAUGAAAAUGGAUAUCACGAGAAACCAACCUAUGAUGCUGAGGAACCAAGAGGUCAUUGGAGGUCAUCGCCUGUUAGAGCUUCAAGAUCACCCUCUGGUUCUAGGUCUAGGUCUGCCGAUGCGUCACCCAGGCGCAGCAGCAGAUAAUUGGAAGGCAGUAUGCAUAUUGCUAAUGGUUGAUGCUACAUUUGCUGGCUUGUGUGCUACAAUAGGAAAUAAGCUCUAGAAUGUGUUACAUGCCUUAGGAAUCAUAAAACUUGUGUGUUUUGAUGUACUCUAUAUGAUGACUCAACUUUGAUAAUUCUGUGGUUUAGAGAUUUUUUUUUUUUUUUUAAAAAAUUUCAACUUUACUGUUA